CCAUGUUAGUAGCAAGGGAAACAUGGACGGAAUUUCGUGAACAUGCAACCUUUCAAAAAUCGAGCUGAGACUUUUAUUGCACUGUUUAUUCUAAUCGCUCUUGGUGUAUUGUCUGCGUACCUGGCAGUGUUUUUAGCGUUUUUGGGUGUGUGUGCGUACCUGUACUUGGAGUACGAAGCUAACAACCUAGGUUUCCAUGUGGAGGUACUGAAGUCAGCGAUUUUGAGUACAUCAAUUUGGUUGCAGUCAACAAUGUCUUCAUUUGUUAGGAAUCUUCAACAGCGAUCAGGGUUGGUGAGUGAUGAACCGAAAAGUGAAAUCCGUAGUAUUUCGCGGGCAGAUUCACCAGUGACUUCAAGGCUGAGACGUGUGUCGAUCGCAACGAAUGGAAGCCGUUACUCAAGAAACAGUGAUUUAAACAUUAGUCGUAGUGUUUCCAGCCCAACGAGAUAUCGUCUCUCCCCUGCGAAUCGAAGUGUAUUGGACGUGUGUAAUAGAAGUGACAGCAGGUCGCCGCAGAAACAGUCAUACAAUGAAGCUAUGGGUUAUGCCUACAAGUCAUCACCGUGGAACAGAAAUGCCCAUUCUCCCCUUUCCGAGAAGGCUAGGUCGCCCAAAAACACUAGUGUGAGAACAGUUCAGAAUGUGGGUGGACCACUCCUGGCGUCUCCUCGUUCUAAUACAAACAAGACUUUCGAUCUCAGACUCUACGCGGAUGUCAACAGCCCGGGCCUGGCCGAGCGCUCCGUGUACUACUCCCGAAUGGGCGGUGCCAGUCCCGGCAUGUCGCCGGACGAGAAUCGGCGCCCACUGUCACCGCCAGCCGUGACGCAUCAGCCGCAGUACCGCACCGUUGGCCAGUUCCCCCUGGUCCGGCUGGGCCAGAAGGGCGCCGCCACGGCCUCCCUGCCACUGCUGACGGCCGCCGUCUCUCCCAAGGCACCGCGGGCACACUCCGUCAGCACGAACGUGAAGCCAGUUCUGGUGGAGGGUCCGGCUCCGGCCCCCCUGACGCCGGCAGCUGGGAAGGCGCUCUCCGCGAGGGUGGCCGGGGUGUCUUCCCCAGGGUUGUCCGGCGUCGACAGGUCCGACCCCCACGACAUAUCUGCCAAGUCUGUCAUCGAAGCCCUCAAGGAAAUAUCGCGCAAGAGGAUUCGCUCCCAGUGUCUGACUCCGAACGAAGUUCCAGACGACGAGUCGGCCAAACGCCAGCGUAGAAAUGUGUCCUCGGACUCUGGUCGUGCAGACGAUUCUGAAGUUGCGGAGAGCUCUGCCGGCCUUCUCUCCCCUUCAACAUACCAGACGAAACGCGGUCGUAGUGACUCAUUCAACGGCAGCGGCGAAAGUGGCAGUACGCCACGGGGUACGGCGAGCGACGAGACACCCGGCACGCGGUCACGAGUCAAGCGCCUGUGCAGCAAUGAGAUCCUUAGCUCGCUCAGCUCUAGCCGUUGCCUGCUGGUGCUCGCUGCCAACAACAAGAGGAAGUUCACCAUCUCCCCAGACGGGAGUCCGCGUAGUGGCACACCUGUCCCGGUGCAGACCGGCAAACACUUCAAGUCUGGAUCCAGUCCGGACACAGAGGAGCAGAAUGGCCGGGAAGAGGACAUGGUACAGGCAGAGGAAACGCCAGUUCGGAGGAGAUCGGCCGAGACUGCAGUAGAGGAUGCCCCCGCGAGUCCGCCACCCGCCCGCGCUCCUACACCCGCGCGGGACACGGGGGUCUCCGCUGCCGACGGCGAGGACGUGACGCCGGAGCACUGGAAGAGGCCUAAGGACGCGGACCGGGACGCCGCCGUCCCCCACCGGGCGACACCUCACCCUGCGCGCAAGCUGGUAGGCACGCGCGACCUCGCGGAGCAGCGGCGUGCCGACAGGUCGGCCCUCGUGGGACUACUCACUGUCAUCGGCAAGGGAGAAUCGCCGUUCCGUGACGGGGACCGCCUGCAGCCUGCGGCAUCCCCACCAACUUCCCGGCGACAGAAACACGUGAGCUUCGCAGACACCCAAAAGCCGGGAGAGCUGGCACGCGCAGACACGGCGCCCGUCACGGAGUCGCAACAGGCACCUUGUAUCGGCACUCCCACCACCGCCUCCUCUCCGGACUCUCCCGGGCAGGGCGGCAUGACGGGGACGGGCACGACCAACACACCGCCCACCGUGAGCCGCAACACGCAGAAGGCGCAGGCCUUCACGUUGAAGUCGUCACCCACAGGCUCCGUCAUGUCGUCAUCUGCCGCGCCGUCAGGGAGAAGCCCCAGCCCCUUCACUGUGAGUGCCGGCCAGUUGCCUGCCUCCUCCGCAGGCUCCAACAGUAGCUCCAGCAAUCCGACGGGUGCGGCAGCAUCGGUAUCGCCGUUUACGGCACGACCGAUCGCGGCCUCCUCCACUCCGAUGGCACCGUCCGGUGCGACUGUGACGACGGCCUCCGGGGCUCUUUCCCAGUCGGCCCCAGAGACUCGGCCGACGACCGCGACCCACGAAGCGGUUGGGACGCCGACGGGGGCUCGAGCAACUCCCGGAGACGCUGCUUCGCAGCCCCAAGUGCACAUGAGCACUGCCACGUCUACGGCUUUCUCGUUUGGAUCUCCGAAAAUGUCGACAGUGGCGACAGUAUCUGCCACGCCGGUGACUGCCGCCGGCGUACCGGCGCCGCAGUCUGCCAGCGAGUUCCGGUUCGGAGCCGGAUCGGUGACGUCGACGACGACAACGUCGAGUGCUGGAGGUUUCAGUUUCACGUUACCUGCCUCGACUGCCGCGUCCACGACUUCGCCGGCAAAAGGAGCUUUCCAGUUUGGGCAGAAUGCGACAUCCACUGUGGCCACGGCAAAACUGGGAGGUUUCCAGUUUGCGCCAGGCGCGGCGGACAAGGUCGGUCGGCAGGCGGCAACAUCGGGACCUGGAGCUACGGCAAGUCAGCCUUCGAUUUUCAGCUCUAGUGCCGCAUACUCGAAAGCGACUACUACAGAGACGGCAGCAUCUCCAUUUGCUGCAGCGGCCGUGUCACAGAGUCAGACUUCUCUGACGAGCCCCACACCUACUCCGUCGUUUGGAUCUGCCCCGCAGAAAGGGAUUUUCGGAGCCACUCUGACUACGACUGUGGCGACCGCACAGCAGUCUAUAUUCGGGGGUGCCGCGGCACCGGUAUUCGGAGCGGGUAACGCAACCUCCUCGCAGGCACCGACAUUCGGUUCGACAGCUGCGACUACUCAGUCUUCGGUGUUCGGAACUUCAGUUUUUGGCUCUACGACGCAGAACCAGUUACAGACGCCAUCUGGCACAAGUAAUGUUUCUCAGGUUUCGACAUUUGGAUCUGGCACUACGGCUGCUACUCCGACCUUCGGAUCUGGCACUACGGCUGCCACUCCGACCUUCGGUUCUGGCAGUACGUCAGCUGCUUCGGCCUUCGGAUCUACCGGUACGGCAGCUACUCCAGCGUUCGGAUCUACCACUACAGCUGCUACCCCGGCUUUUGGAUCUGGCACUACAGCUCCUGCUCUAACUUUUGGAUCUGGCACUACUACUCAGGCACCGGCCUUUGGAGGUGGUACGACAUCUCAGACCCCAGCUUUUGGAUCUGCAGCAACAUCUCAGACCCCGGCCUUUGGAUCUGGUACAUCCACCCAGGCCCCAGUCUUCGGAGCAGGUACAUCUCAGGGCUCAGCCUUUGGAUCUGGUGCAACAUCUCAGGCUCCGACGUUCGGAUCUGGUACGACUACUCAGGCCCCAGCCUUCGGAGCUGGUGCAUCGUCUCAGACACCGGCCUUCGGAGCUGGUACAUCGUCUCAGACCCCAACCUUCGGAUCGGCUACGACGACACAGACACCAACUUUCGGUGCAAUCCCUACGAGUCAGGCACCCGCUUUUGGGUCUGCCACCACAAAUCAGCUGCCAGCAUUCGGCUCGAGCUCUCAGAAUCGGCCAGCAGUAUUCGGAUCGGUCACCACGAGCCAGGCACCGGCUUUCGGAACUGGGCAGACACCUGCGAUCGGUGCUGGCAGUUCUGGUCAAAUAGCUGCACCCGGUUCCGGCAGUCAGUUGGCAGCAUUCGGAGCCAGUGGAACUGGUCAGACGCCUGCCUUCGGAUCUAGUUCCGGACAGACUCCCACUUUCGGCUCCAACACCGGACAAGUGCCGACAUUCGGAUCCGGUUCGUCCGGAAGCACUCCCGCAUUCGGUUCUGCAAAUCGGGCGACUGUCUUUGGGUCUGGCGCCACACCGUCUUUCGGAGGAGCGAGCUCUGCGGCUGCUACCACCCAGAGUUCUGUGUUCGGGACAGCCACGCCUACUUUUGGCACCAGUGGAGCCAACCGGCCACCUUUUGGCACAGCUUCACCUUUCGGCUCCUCACUUGGCACAACUCCGGGUUUCGGGAGCACGUCGACGAGCCAGACGCCGGCAUUCGGAUCGCCGUUUGUAGGAUCGGGGGAUGCGAAACCGGCAUUCGGCUCUACUGCCCAGGCCAGCGCGGCAGUGACGACGGCCGGCCAGCAGGGGGUGUUCGCAUUCGGCGCGGCGAGCCCCGUGACCACGACGGCGGCGGCAGGCGCCGUGCCCUUCCAAUUCGGGGCUACGGGGCAGAGUUCCUCUGCGGCUGCCCUGAAGCCCGGAGGUUUCCAGUUCGGGCAGUCCACCGAUGCGAGCCCCGCGGCUUUCCCGUUUGCGGCACCAGCGGGCCAGGCGUCUACGCCGAAGGGGGCGUUCCAGUUUAAUGCGGCCGGCCAGACACCCGGAGGCAGUGUGCCGAACGUCUUCAGCCAAAGUACGCCCGGCUCAGUGGGGAUGUUCAGCAUCGGCUCCGGAUCCACGGCGCCGAGGUCCAGGACGUCACGUAUGCGCAACAAGAACCGGUGAUUUUCGGCGUCUGAACACGCACUCGGUAAAAUCAGAUGAAGACAAUGGUUAUCUGGGUGGAGUUCUGACAGUACAGAGAAAUGGCUGCAACUUUUCCUGUGCACCAGAUGGCACUACAUCCUGGUUUGCAAAAUUGAAUACUGUGCACGAGUACGAUUUCUGGUGUACACGGCAGUACGCAUCACAUCAUUUUGCGGCCAAAUUAUGCUUGUAGCUUUUUCACCCACCGUGGUUUUGUAAAGUCUCUUUUGUCUAAGGAAUAACUGUUGUAUUGUUAAUAAGAAAAAGAACAACAAUAAUCUCCGGAGUAAGAAAAAGAACAAUAAUAAUACAUGGAAGUGACAAAAGGACAUGUUCCAGUGUGUGCAAGUUUUCUCUUUCAUUUGUUAAUUCCACUACUCUAUUGUACAUGACAGGCAGUGUCAUGCCUUAUUUUCUGAGCAGGACUGUAGUUUUGAGAUGGAGAUGCAGAUUCUAAAAACUGCUUAUGCAUACAGAACUGACAUUGUAAGUUACUUAUGACACACACUGAGCUAUAAUUUUGUGGUACAGUAGUGCUGACAUAUUUCUUAAUCUGUAUUCAGUUGAUGUACUGGGUAGACAGCUACUGUAUCAGCAUAAUGCCACAGGUUUAUAUUCCAUUUGUGUGUGUGUGUGUGUGUGUGUGUGUGUGUGUGUGUGUGUGUGUGUGUCUGUCUGUCUCUCUGUGAAGCAAUCGGCGACCUCUUCUGUCGGAGGAAACGUGUUCUUUGCAAGCAUAUUCUUUUCUCAAGCAAUUUUAGAGGAAGUGAGUGCUUUCUGGAAGCAGACACUAAGUAUCAGACUGUGUUAACAUUUUCUGUUAAAUUUCCAACGAGCUGAUGUGGUUUCAGGAGCAGUAUUCCCGUAUCAAACUUCGGCCUUUCAGAAACUAUCAUGAGGUCUGUUUCCUGGAGCUCACCCUUUUUGACAGUUUCAACACUCUACCUAAGGGCCUGCCAAAUAAAUUGAGCCCCUCAGAAAGGUUCACCGAUCAAAAUCUGAGACACUGUCGGCAAUGUACUGCAGUUCGUACCCAAACUUCGGUUCGGCAUACGAUGUACAUUUCCCAGCAGUCACUAAUAUCCUGGGAAAUAUACCAGGUGUCUUUCGCGAGAGUCAUCAGAUGCAUUUUCUCCGGUGUUUCUGCAGAAAUUUACAGUUUCGUUUUUGCAUUGCGUGGAUGGAGUUAGCCCAAACAAUUGCUGCUUGUCAUGUCUUUCAGACUCGUACGGGUCAUGACAAGUGGUAUGUCUCUCAGCUCAAUAUAAUUCAUUCAAAAGCGAACUGUGAGAAAUGCUACAGUCACGGGUGUACAAAAAUUGUAACCUAUUAGUGGAAAGAUUAUACAGUUAGGACUGCUGUUACGAGGGGAGGUGACGACGAAACACAAUUUGAUACCACUAGUGACACAUUUUUAAUCAUCUUUGUAAUAUAUUUAGUCAUCCAGCAGUUUUGUCUCGUCUGUCAAAUGCAUAUCCCACAUCUUGUCACCUUCCCAUCACUUCGUCGCAUGCCAGAGAAUAGAAACUCACAUAGAAGACGCUUCCUUUUACACCAGGAGCACGCCGAUUAUUUGCACUCCUCCUCUGACAGGUCAAAAAGAUGACAGAGGGGAGAGAGAGAGAGAGAGUGAGUGAGUGUGUGUGUGUGUGUGUGUGUGUGUGUGUGUGUGUGUGUGUGUCGUAGAUUUUCAACUGUACCACAAAAGUCACUCUCAUUUCACAAAAGUGUAAACAAUUACAGCUGUAUUUGGAAUUGAUUAGCAACAGUGAGAGUAAGUUCAGCAAGCACAGGCAUUUGCCUGCAGGGAAACAGUGACCUUUAGAAAUGGGAAUUUUAGAGCUGUCACAAGUCACAUGUAAUGUUUUCCUUAUUUUACAGGUUUCACUCGACCACCACAAGCACCUUCAGAAAUCAUGUGGCCGAGGGCCACUCGUUACAAAUAUGGGACUGCGUAUAACUGUCGGCUACGUAAUUUCUGAAGACGGUCGCUUCGGUCGUGUAAAAUAAGGUAAAAGUUACGUGUGACUUGGGAUGGCACUACUGUUUUACUGGGAGUAAGUGUUGACACUGUGUCUCUGAAAAGCUAAACAGGAGUACUUCCUUCGUCCUUUGUACUGAAUUUAAAAAAGAAAUGAAAGGGUACAGAUUAUCUACACACGAAAUGAGAAUCUACUGACACGUGGCAUCUGCGCGAGCUGCAAUUCUCCUGCUUAUGCCUGAGAGUACAUUCAUCAACUAAUUGUUCUCGUGCGUAGUCUGUUUCAGGAUUGAAAAACUUAUGAAAUUAUAUCAAAUGGAAAAUUCACAUGAGAAAAUUAUAAGAACACAGAGACAGAAUUGCAGGUCAGUGCUUAGCACAGCGAGGCAAAAUUCGAGUGCUGCCAAUGGUCACGAAACAAAAUUACACACACUAUACUAAUUUUCAAAACUAAUCUGUCUUUCCUCUCUGAGGAAGAAACAAAUAGUUUUGAAAGAGAGGAUGAUGUCCAACUUAACUUACACGUGUAUGUGUUUUGACAUUACUAAACAUUUUGCCUCCUGCGAAGGACAGUACGUGUCUUAUUAUUUGAAAGACUAGCUAAUGUCUUGUCAUCAAAAGGAGCGAAGCUUUCUUUUUGUGGUACAUCUUUUAUUUUUUAUUUGUUCCUCUUUCAUUUUGUUGGUGUGCUGUUCCCUUCCUUUGCUGUACAUAUUUACACUUGUGGCUAGUGGCCAACGUGUUCUCCAGCAGUAAUUCCUGUGGAACUCAUUACUAUAAGCUAUGAAAUCCACAUCUCAUCUGUUACAUUGGAACAUUCACAUUUCAUUCCUUGUAUAUUUUGUGUUCGCAUUUAAUGUAUUGCCUGUUCCUUUCUAUCCUUCCUCCCAACUUUCUCCCGUCUGAAAAUGCAGUCUUGAGUUUUAAAAAUGUGUAAUUCAGUGGUCCGUAGUAAGCUUUGCUGUCAGGCCUACCACAGUUCAGUAUUGGGAGUGGUCUGUUUGCCUGUCAUAAUCGUAGUUAGACAAUUUUAGAUUGGUUGUAUUAGACAUUGGGCUUGUGGGAAAAAACUUUCUGCUGACUGCUCUUUCUCAAGUGUGUAUGGCAAAUGUGUUUCCCCAAGUGAAUUAUCUGGUGUACCAAUUUCACACAAAGUAUAGUUAUUAUGUGUAUCCAAAGAUGGUCAGCACAACAUGCUUAUAUCUGUAAAUAUAUAAUUAAAUAUUUUGUCUCACUGUAUUUCUCACAUGUAAAUAUGUUGUUUAUUGGAGAGAAUAUAUAUAUUUAGUAGCUGUAUUGAGAAUUUCUUUAGGGGCAUGACAUAUAUAGAUUAAAAAUACAAACUAGAGCACUUUUUUCAGAUUAUUGGAAAAAGCGUUACGUACAUUUUAUAAAUGUGAUUAUGCCUAAAAUUGAUGGAAAUUGAGGCACAAAAUUAUGUUGCUGCAAAGGCAGUAAGGCAUUUAUUUUCAAAAUGUCAUUUAAUUUAAUAAGCGUGCGAUAAAGUACACUAUAAUGAUUUUGUACGAGACUUCCCAGUGCUCGGCAAGAGUUGCAUCGAGUCGGGAUAAGUCGCCAUUUGAUAAAUGCUUCUGGAGGUUGCCGUGCAGGUUUUCUGUUUCACUGUUGUGACAGGUGAAAGUACUAAACGAACAAAACAUUGCAUUGGGGCAAAAAAAAAAAAAAAAAAAGAAGA